ACGACAUCACGAUACGCAGAAUUUGAGCUAUAAACGAGAGGAUAUACCAGAAGAAACUUGGUCGCAGAAUUCUACCGGGCUCGAAGUAACAUGGCGGCAGAGCAUAACUUCUCCGGAGCCUUGGCGACAUGGAGGAAUAUCCACCUGUCUGAACUGCAGAAGACAUUGGACGUUCAAGGCAUCGAGAUCGUGGACAACCAGAAGGAGAGUGUCGUUGGACGCAAGAACCUCGCUGACCGAACGAAGGAGUUCAAGAAGAUUCCCGAUGAGGAGAAAGCUACUGCCAUCAAGGGCCUACUGAAGGCAUACCAACAAGAAGUUGACGCUCUCACCAAACGUGCCAAGAGUGCAGAGUCAGCAUUCUUGAACGUAUACAAAGUCCUUGCAGAGGCACCUGACCCAUACCCUCUACUUGAAGUCGCAGUUGAUCAGGCUGCACAGGCUGCAAUCAACUCCGAGCUUCAAGCGGACUUGAUAACAUUGAAGACCGAGAAUGCGGACCUGAAGAAGCGCGUCUCUGAUUUCUCUAGUACGGAAUCUGCCAGAGCGAAGGCCGAGGCAAGGAUUCAGCACCUGGAGCAAAAGAUGGAGGAUAUGGUCCAGGAAAAAAUCGCACAGAAGCAGAACGAACUCAAUGCCACCUACGACGAGAAAAUGCGGAAUUACGAGCAACGUGAACAGGACCUCCAACGACAACUCUCUUUGGUCAAAACUCAACUUCGUGACCUUCGCGCAUCGAAUGAGUCGAACCAAGCCAAAUUACUAGAUCACGGACAGAAGCAGGAUCAAGAGGUUCUGACGAAAUUGGUUGAGCUUGACAUGCUCGUGACCGAUUUGGAGCAUGCAAACAGCCGUGUUGCCACUGUAGAGCGACGAAACGAGCUCCUCCGUGCUGAAAUCGAAGCUAUGAGAAACGGGGAAGAGCGUUCCGAGAAGGUUAAAGAUCUCGAGCAACAGGUCUCCACAACGGAAAAGGAGGUCGAGCAACUGCAGCGACUCCUCGAAAUGCAGAAGGAACGCACGGAGAAUGCGGAGGCACGGCUAAAGGCGAAAACCCAAGACACCGAGAAAGCUCUGAACGAAGCGAUCAGCGAACGCGAUCAGCUCCGAUCCCGCCUGAAGCAAUAUUCUGACUACGAUGAGAUCAAACGCGAGCUUGAGAUCAUGAAGUACGUCGAGUUUGCCGGGCUCGAGGACGUUGACGAGGAAACCUCGGGGAGUGAAGAAGGGUACGACGUCGAUGAACCAGCGACCGCCACAUCUGCUAAUGGGCACGGUGUGCGACUGCCUAAUCCCAACGCGGAGAAAGCCAACGCGCAGCGUGGCAAGUCCCUCGAGGCGUUGCUUGCUAUCAAGAACAAGCGUAUCCAGGAAGAACUCACCAAGCUUAGAAAUCUUCACGGAGAGCUCGAAGCAUCAUUGCAAGCGACACAGGACGACCUGCAAAACGCAAACACGGAACUUCAGAAGCAGCGGGAACUGAAUGAGAAGUUGGAGAUCGACUUGCUGCAAAUGGAGAAUACUGGAAAAGACAAAGGGAAGGCGAAGUUUGAGGAACUGGAUGAGCAGCACGCAUUAUCAGGGCUGAAUCUGGGCAAGAAGACAAUGGACGGGACCGUUCGGUCGAGUCCCAUACCAUUCACGUCCUCAGCAGACACGUCGAUCCUACCAAUAGUGACAAGCCAACGAGAUCGCUUCCGGCAACGUAAUGCCGAACUCGAAGAGGAACUGCGCAAGCAAUUCCAAGUCAUCUCUGAACUACGCGCCGAAAUCAAGUCUCUACAAGCUGAUAAUCUCAAACUGUAUGAGAAAGUGCGGUACAUGCAGUCUUACCGCGAAGAGGCCGCCUCGCGACAGCCCGCCAUCAUACCCACAAGCGGGAGAGGGCAACAUCAACCAGACGAUACCAGUAAAUACAGGACACGAUACGAGGAGAGCGUCAAUCCUUUUGAAGCGUUCCGAAGUCGGGAGGCUACCAGGGGAUACCAGUCCCUGAACCCUUUGGAAAAGGGCGUCUUCGCUCUUACGCGGUCAAUCCUCAGCCACCGACGGGCGCGGACUAUAUUUAUUUUCUAUUCUCUUUCUCUUCAUAUACUAAUUAUGUACCUUAUGUACGAUCUUUCAGGAUCGUCAGACACGCAAGUAGUGAAGACGCCCAAUCCAUAUGGUCGUUAAGC